AUGGCACCGACGCAGCUCAGCAUUCUGCUGGAGCGCCUGCUCAACGAACUCGGAAUAGCCAACCUCAGUAUGUUCGAGGCUGUGCUCAUGCACGAUACAGGCGCGGUGUUCGACGCGGUCCGAAGCACCGCUGCAGCCGCAGAGGCUGGUGCGGCGGUUUAUGCCAGCUCGGCCACGAGCAAUGUUGUUGUGUGCCCAAGCAGCACUGCUACCGCUGGCGCAAUCUCUGUUCAGCACGAGGGCAGCAUCUCCCGCACUCUCGUCAGCACAGACGCGCAAACCACGCUAAAGGGCUCGGACAUCCAUGCAGCCGCGAGUAGUGCGACUGCAGAGAUGCUGCUGGGGUAA